AUGAGUUCUACAUUUUCAAUGACCUUACUGCAAGCUGAUAGUUCAACAGAUUGUAAUAUAACUUCCCAAACAAACUCGCCACUAACAAAAGAUGGUGAACAAGAAAGCCAAUCUCAGAAUCUGUGUGAUAUGUGGAGAGAUAUACAAGGUGCGCACAACUGGAAUGGUUUGCUUGAUCCCAUGGAUCCCAUUCUCAAAGCUGAAGUUCUCAGGUAUGGAAACCUUGCAAAGGUUUGCUAUGAUGCAUUUGAUGGUGAAAGUAGUUCUAUACAUUAUGGCCAAUGUAAGUACACUAAAACAUCACUGUUUGACAAGAUGGGUAUGUCUGAAUGUGGCUACCGAGCCACUAAAUACAUAUACGCUAAUACUAAUGUGUUGGCGUCACUUUUCGGCGAAAACGCCAAAGACAAGGCUGUUUGGUUAGGGUUUAUUGCAGUCUGUGAGAGUGAAAAGGAGAUUAGAAGGCUUGGACGACGAGACAUUGUAGUGGCAUGGCGAGGAACCCAAACAACUCAAGAAUGGAUACAAGAUCUCAGGGAUUUUCUGAUUCCAGCUAGAUUAUCUUAUAAAUGUGAAAGAACAAGCAAAGAACAUGAAGCAGCAACUGCCAUAGCAAAUGAUGGAGUUCGUAUUGAAAGCGGAUUCCUGAGCUGUUAUACUUCCACCUUCAGCCAUGAAGAUUCUAAGGGAAAAUCUUUCAACAAGAGCGCCAGAGGUUUGCUAAUUUCAGAGAUAAGGAGAUUGCUCAAUGUUUACAAGAAUGAGAUCGUCAAUUUAAGCAUAACUUUUACUGGACACAGCUUGGGAGCUGCGCUCGCAACACUGAGUGCUUAUGACGUCAAAAAACUCCUUAAUGCUAACUGUUAUAAUAUUAUACCUGUCAUAGUGUUUUCCUUUGCCUCGCCAAGAGUAGGUAAUGUUUCAUUUGCCAAAAAUGUGGAAGAUAUUGGCCUCAAGGUUCUGCGGCUUGUCAACAAGGGCGACGUCGUUCCAAAAGUCCCUGGAGUUUUCGUGAACGAGAAGAUGGGAUAUCUUAGCAGGUGGCUGAGCUGGCUUCCAUGGGCUUACUUUCAUGUUGGAGUUGAGCUCUGUUUAGGAAAGAACUCUUCGUUCCUACUGCACCCGAACUGUGUUGCUUACCUUCACAAUUUAGAUGUUUAUCUCCGUUUACUAGAUGGCUAUAACGAAGAUAAUAACUAG